UGACAUCUGCAUAUACCGACAGAAAUGAUGAUGAUCUUCAUUCAUUUAAAGAAAAACAAUUAGGGAAAAAAAAUCCUAUUGGAAUGACCUAAUUGAAAAGCUUAUUAGGAUGAAAUCAUGUAAGCCAAUUGUGGACUUCCCACAAAAGGUAGUGUUCUCCAGCUAUGGUGCCAUGUAAGAUUUUCUGGUCACCCUUUCUUUUCCAUUUUUUAGCCAUACUUUUUGCCACAUCAGUAGUUCCUCAUAUAAGAACACUUGAAACGUCCCCUACUCAUCUGUCAUCUGUAACAAUGGCUAACGAAACAACUACAGCAGCCAUGCAAGGAGAAAAUUUGCGUAAAGGGCCUUGGCACGAGGAAGAAGAUGAGCGAUUAAUAAGCUUUGUGAAGCUUUUGGGAAGCCGGAGAUGGGAUUAUAUAGCUCAAGCUUCCGGCCUAAAGAGAAGUGGCAAGAGUUGCAGGUUAAGGUGGGUGAACUAUCUGCGUCCUAAUCUAAAGCACAGCAGUAUCAGUGCUGAAGAAGAGAUGAUCAUCUUAAAACUUCAUCAGAAAUGGGGAAACAAAUGGUCGAUGAUUGCGCGAAUGUUGCCGGGACGAACCGAUAAUGAGAUAAAGAACUACUGGAGAACUCAUUUAAGAAAGAAAGCAGUAAUUCAAGACCAAGCAGGAAAUUUUCGAUUCAUACAAGAAGAUGAUAAUAGUUCCAAUUCCAAAACUUACAAUGGUGAAAGCUACAAUCCUUUUGUGGAUAUUUCAGAUACUCAAAACAGUUGUUAUGCUGCUGCUCCAGUGUCAGAUUUUGAAACUUCUCCGUAUGAAACCAGGUUAUCAGAUUGGAUAUCAGAGUUUCUAAGUGAUCAAAGUGAAAUUAAAUCUCAGCUAGACUCUACUACUAGUACUACUACUACUACUACUACACCACAUUCAUGCAACUUUUAUCCUGCAUGGUUUUAUGAGGAGAAUGAUGUAUGGGGAUAUUCAGGCUCCCUCUGGAACAUGGAUUAAUAUGUCACUGUUCAAAUGUCUAUAUUCAUUGGCUUUUAAUUAACAAUGUGUACCCAUUAAUGCAUUACCUGUAAAUCUACUUGUUUAUAUACGUAUACAUUGUUCUUAAA